CAACACGGGCACUCGAGACGUCAGUGGUUACGGUCUUUGGUCCAUGUUAGUCUGUCGAAAUACACUUAAAACAAAACCAACCACACUCUAAUCUAUUAUGAAGGUACACGUACCAUGAGAGGAGUGUUUUGGAGCUUUUUAUUAAACGGUUUAACUCUCUCACGGACCGUUUGAAGACUCAUUGCUAACCCUUGGGAGAACAGAGCAGGCUCUAUUCUUUAAACACAAUCAGAAAAUGUCACAAAUGGACCUCCUUGUCACAAAUGUAGCAGAGCUCCUUACUGCUGCAGUACAGGAAGUGUUGCAGCUCAUGGGUCAGGCUGUAUCAGAAUAUCAGAAGGAAACUGCCAGAACACAGCUGGAGAAUCACAAGCUUCAGAUGAAGCUAAAAGAACUUCAAGUGCAGACGGCACUGGUUUCAGAUGACACUCAUUCAGGGGAGCAUCUUGAGACAGAAGACCUCAUUUAUCAUGGAGAAUCGUCUGUGGUAGAGAAAGAGCAGCCUGACAGUUUGAGUGACAGGAUGUCAUUUAUAGAGGAGAAUUCAUCUUCUGUCCAUCUAAAGCUAGUUUUAGAUGACCUCCCUUUAGAGGACCACUGUCAUUCUUUGCACAGAACCUGUGCCAAUUCUUUAAAAAAGCAAAGACUUUCACAGUUACGGAGUAGUUCUCCGAGAUCCCCAAACCUUUCAUCACCUGGCAUCAAUGAAGUGACCUGCAACCCUGAGAAACCAUUACACAUAACUUCAAGCAACAUCAAAGUGGAAUCAAAACCAGAGCUUCUGGGUUGUUCAUAUACAGAAGAGACAACAGGCAAUGUGACAACAGAUGCUCCUGCUUUUAGCAUUCUUGAAACUUCUUUAUUUAAUGAAAGCAACCAGCUGCCUGUCUCUACCAGUGUGGUUUCCCAUAAUCAAACACAUAAAUUGAUAAAUUCAACCUCUGGCCUUUCUGAACACAUACUUCGGUCGCGAAUAGAGAAUACAGUGGACAUACACAAUGCUCUUACUGUCAGUGGCAGGAGGGAAAAUUCACACAGCUGCCACGUGUGCGGAAAGACUUUCGCAAAUUCCUCCAGUCUCGGAGCUCACUUUGUGUGCCAUUCGAACGAGAGACCUUUUGUUUGCAAGUGCUGUAACUUUAGGUUCAGUCGUUUAGCCGACCUGAAAAAGCAUGAGCGAAUUCAUACAGGUGAAAGACCAUACAAAUGUUCUCUCUGUGGACGGAAAUUCAACCGAACGGAGAAUCUCAAGAGACACUUAAGGAAGAUUCAUUAUGGUGCGGUGAUAUAACAAAAUUGUGAAUUAGAGGAUAAAAGACUUGCGAUUCACAUUUUUAAAAAUAAUUUUAAAGGGACACUCCACUAAUUUUUGGAAAUAGGCUCAUUUUCCAGCUCCCCUAGACUGAAACAUUUGAUUAUUACCGUUUUGGAAUCCACUCAGCCGAUCUUCGGGUCUGGCACUACCACUUUUAGCAUAGCUUAGCAUAAUCCAUUGAAUCUGAUUAGACCAUUAGCAUUGCGCUAAAAAAUAAGCAAAGAGAUUCAAUAUUUUUUUUAUUUAAAACUUGACUCUUCUGUAGUUACAUUGUGUACUAAGACUGACAGAAAAUUAAAAGUUGCGAUUUUCUAGACAGAUAUGGCUAGGACUGAACUAUACUCUUAUUCUGGCGUAAUAAUCAAAGACUUUGCUGCUGUAACAUGGCUGCAGGAGGCGCAAUGAUAUUACGCAGCAGCUGAAAAUAGUCCCCUUUAGUAACUUUCAAUGGCAGGGGAAUAUUUUUGGGCAUUGUGUAAUAUCACUAUGCCUGCUGCAGCCAUGUUACAUCAGCAAAGUCCUUGAUUAUUACACUGGAAUGAGAGUAUCAUAAUAUCAAAAUUCUUCGGUUAUUUUUUAGCGUGAUGCUAAUGGUCUAAUCUGAUUCAAUGGAUUAUGCUAAGCUAU